AAAGGCCGGUGUGGCGCGUGCGCGUCUCCUUUCGUUCCGAUUCCUGACGCGUUUGCUCCUGUUGUCUCACGGUUGUCGCCAGCCCUGUCGCAAUGGUGAAGCUGAGCAAGGAGGCCAAGCAGAGGCUGCAGCAGCUUUUCAAGGGAGGACAAUUUGCCAUCCGCUGGGGUUUUAUUCCUCUCGUGAUUUACCUGGGAUUUAAGAGGGGUGCAGAUCCUGGAAUGCCUGAACCAACUGUUUUGAGCUUACUUUGGGGAUAAAGGACUGUUUGGUCAUCUGGUUUUGGAAGCAGUCAAUGCAGAGGAACAACAUGGAAGGUGUGCUCUCUGGCUGGGAUAAAAGAUGGGACAUCGUUCAGACGGUCACCAGUUGGAUGGCACAGGGCUCUUACUUCUCAGAUGCAUCUGUGGCAGAGUGGAACCUCUACUGACUUAUUUAUGAUAGACUGUAUUAAAAUAAAUGUUUUUAACAAUGUUA